AUGGGGAGCCAAACCAUGAGAGCAGCUUUGGUUCUAGUUUUUGUAUUUGCAGUUGUAAUUGUUGGUGGCAAUGCACAAGAAUCAACCACUCUUGUUCCAGCCAUCUUCACAUUUGGUGAUUCUGCAGUGGAUGUGGGAAACAAUGACUACCUCCCAACAAUUUUCAAGGCUAACUACCCUCCUUAUGGAAGAGACUUUGUAAACCAUAAAGCUACUGGGAGGUUUUGCAAUGGAAAACUGGCCACUGAUAUCACUGCUGAUACUCUGGGUUUCACAAGUUAUCCAGCUGCAUAUCUUAGCCCCCAGGCAUCAGGGAAGAACCUCCUGAUUGGAGCCAACUUUGCUUCUGCUGCGUCAGGUUAUGAUGAAAAAGCAGCAUACUUGAAUCAUGCAAUCUCUUUGCCCCAACAGUUACAAUACUUCAAGGAAUACCAGGGUAAGCUAAACAAGGUUGCGGGUAGUAAUAAAGCAGCAACAAUUAUCAAGGGUGGACUAUACUUAUUGAGUGCUGGAAGUAGUGACUUUGUUCAGAACUACUAUGUCAAUCCUUUUGUUAACAAAUUCUAUACUCCUGACCAAUAUGGUGACACCCUCGUUGCUUCUUUCAGAAAAUUCAUUACAGAUGUGUAUGGUUUGGGAGCAAGGAAAAUAGGUGUGACCUCACUGCCUCCAUUGGGUUGCCUUCCAGCUGCAGUGACCUUAUUUGGAUACAACCAGCCAGGCUGCGUCGCCAGACUCAACACUGAUGCACAAGCAUUCAACAAGAAGAUAAUUAACGCAGCUAAUAGUCUACAAAAGAAACUUCCUGGUCUUACAGUUGUCGUCUUCGACAUAUAUAAGCCUCUAUACGAUGUUGUUAAGUCUCCAUCAAACUAUGGCUUUGCGGAAGCAAGGAGGGGUUGCUGUGGAACUGGGAUUGUAGAGACAACAUCAUUGCUGUGCAAUCAAAAGUCUAUAGGUACUUGUGCUAAUGCGACUCAGUACGUGUUCUGGGACAGUGUUCAUCCAUCUGAAGCUGCUAAUCAAGUUCUUGCUGAUGCACUGAUUGUCCAAGGUAUCGCCCUCAUUACAUGA